UAAACCCGUUCUCACUUACAGAGCACCUAGCAUUGCAAACACUGCCGUUUCCAGUUCUCUUCUGCAACUCUCGGUUGCAAUCUUCCGCCAAGACAGCAAUGGAACAUAACACUACCGAAGCUCCAAUUGACCCCGAAGAAGACGAAGGUAUUGUGACAGCCAAAGUCGUUUCCAUGAUUGUUUUGUCCGUGGCAACGUUCAUAUUAGGUAUGAUCCCUACAGCACUGUCCGCAUGGUUCGGGUGGAACAGGAAGACGGACGGUAGCCUCGACACUUCCAGAACUUCUCGACUGAUAUUGUCACUGCUGAUCUGUUUCGGGGGAGGCGCCCUCUUGUCCACAAUGUUCCUCCAUAUGCUGCCUGAAGUGAGAGAAUUCAUAUCCGAACUUCAGGCAGAGAGUGAAAUUGCAGAAACCAGCGUCAGCCUCCCAGAACUUCUGAUGUGCUGCGGGUUCUUCAUCAUGUACCUACUGGAGGAACUGACGCAUCUGUAUAUUCACGGGCAUGGAGACGAGGCAGCCAUCUCAGAAGCGGACGAAGUUCUCCAUAGGAGCUUCAGCAUAAGGAAAUGUUCCGGGAGCAGAUCGAGCUUGGAGAAGGACGCAGAGGACACUCAAAAAGGAUGUGAAGAUGACUCGUCACUUAAGGUCAUACAUGGCUAUCCAUCUGCUUUAACGACAUCGACUUUGGAAGAGGUUAAGACGAACGGAACCUGCACACCGGACACGAGAGCGGGAAUACCAUCACACCAUGUGCCACAUUUUAAAGAAGACGAUACCAUUGUCUCGUCAGUACGCAAUUUCCUUCUUGUCCUAGCGCUUUCUAUUCACGAACUGUUCGAAGGACUUGCAAUAGGACUACAGACUAGCACUAGCUACGUGUGGUACAUGCUGGGUGCUGCGUCUUCUCACAAACUGGUCCUUGCAUUUUGUGUGGGUGUCGAACUCGUCAGCUCCAGGACCAAGUUCCUUCUCAGUCUCAUGUACAUCUGCACGUUCGCUCUGGUCUCACCGCUCGGCAUUGGGAUAGGAAUAGGGCUCAGUGAGGGGGAUGGGCAUGGGGGUGUCCCAAACGCUAUUCUUCAGGGCAUUGCUACAGGGACAAUCCUGUACGCGGUUUUCUUCGAGGUACUUCAGAAGGAGCACAACAGCAAGGAGUCUGGACUGUUGAGGCUGCUCGCCAUCUUAGUCGGAUUUGGAGCCAUGCUGGGUCUGCGCAUAGCAGUUGGUCACAAUCACAGCCACGGCCACGGUGACGAUCAUGAUCAUGAUCACACUACGGAUCACCCACAUCCCCACCAUUAGCAGAGAGUCUGUGUGCAGAGACUGGGAGUGCGGUCGGACAUGUCUUGCUGCCACGGACACACUGGACAAGAAGACGUGAAGCAAGUUCAAGCUCUGGGACGGCUUGAACAUGCGAGAUACUGGGGUCGAGUCUCGGCUGCGUUUCAGCUGUCAUCAGUGAGAUUUUGUAGGACCCCCCCCCCCCCAGUCUGUCAAGUUCAAUGCUGUAAUAAUAUUUCACAAUUCAUAAUCAUUCUACGUACAACUCAUUUAGCUCUAUGUAGACUAUCCUGUGUAGUUUACAUAGUAUUCGUGUAUAUGUAAGAUUUGAGGUUUUCACGGCGGUGACUAUGAAGAAAGCCGUUUUCUGGGAUGUGGUGCCGAAUGACUC